GUGGGAUGUUUCUGGACUUAUUUAUUUUCAAUGGGAUAUUAACCCGUAAGAGUAAAGCGAGUAUGUGAGAAAGAGGAAGAGUGUGUAUGUGACAAAAGAGUGACAAGAUAUAUAUGUGUAUAGACACACAACGACAGAGAAGUGAGGGAGCCGCGCACACACACACGCCGCACAGAGAGCGAGAUAAGGAGGAGGGCGAGCUGAUCCUCAGUCAGUGUGUGAGGGAACAGACGAAGUAGAGACCUGCUCACACACAGACACGCUCGUUCUCACACUCACACACACACGCACACACACACACGCACACACUCUCUCUCUCUCUCUUACACACACUCUCUCUCACUCUCUCUCCUUUUCUCUUGCGCUUGCACGGAGCGAGAAAGGGGAAGGGAAGAAUGAGGAAGAAGUCCACUGUGCUGCGCGCCUCGUCCCAACAAAUGCGGGUUUGCUGAUGAAGCGCCCCUCCGGUCAUCCGAUCAUACCGGUCGUACACGUCGCAUUGCAUGGAAACGAGGAGUAGGCAACAACAGAAAACAACAGCAACAAAUAAAAAACUGCCAGUGCAUGGGAAUCCGGACUCCUCUCCCCUUCUUUUGUGCGUCUCGGUCGGUGGAUACGCCGUCUUGGCUGGCGUAUAAGAGCUCCCUGCGUCUCCAUUACCAUUCCCCACUACUGGCUUACCUCUACUACUACUACUCCACCUCCUCCUCCUCCUCUUACUCCCGGUACCGCUAUUAGUAGAGCUAUAGUGCUGCUUUUACUACUGACUGUCUUCUCCGGAUUGUGGACACUCUCUGGAUAAAAAGGUUCAACAUCCCCAUUUAUCGUCACCCCACAAAACAGGUCUGGACGUCAACAUGGGCCGCUGGGAUCACUCCUCCCUCCUGUCCCCUGCCCUGAGGCUAGCAGUCGUCACAGUGAUUCUCCUCCUUGAGCUCCACCCCUCAUUGGCUGGCGCUCCCCCAGAGCAGAGCUUGGGUGGCUCUGUUUUGGCAGUGUCCACAAAUAAAACUGAAUGCAGCAAGGCUGAGCCGUGUGCAAAGGGGGUGAUCUUACCUAUUUGGGAGCCCCAAAACCCGUCUUUUGGUGACAAGGUGGCCCGGGCUACAGUUUACUUUGUGGCUCUGGCCUACAUGUUCCUGGGUGUGUCAAUCAUCGCAGACCGUUUCAUGGCAUCAAUAGAGGUCAUCACGUCACAGGAAAAGGAGAUCACCAUCAAGAAACCCAAUGGGGAAACCACCACUACCACUGUUCGGAUCUGGAACGAGACCGUCUCCAAUCUCACCCUCAUGGCUCUGGGUUCUUCGGCUCCCGAGAUCCUGCUGUCCGUCAUAGAAGUCAUAGGUCAUGGGUUCCAGGCUGGCACACUGGGCCCUUCCACCAUUGUGGGCUCUGCAGCGUUCAACAUGUUUGUCAUCAUUGGGAUUUGUGUGUACGUCGUGCCCGACGGCGAGACCAGGAAGGUCAAGCACCUCCGCGUCUUCUUCGUCACGGCCACCUGGAGUAUCUUCGCCUACAUUUGGCUCUACCUGAUCCUGUCCGUGAUCUCGCCUGGCGUUGUGCAGGUGUGGGAGGGGCUGCUCACGUUCCUCUUCUUCCCCAUCUGUGUGGUGUUCGCCUGGGUGGCUGACCGGCGCCUGCUGUUCUACAAGUAUGUGUACAAGCGCUACCGCACUGGCAAGCAGCGUGGCAUGAUCAUCGAGACAGAGGGAGACCGUCCACUUCCUUCCAAGGUGGACAUUGAGAUGGAUGGGAAGAUGCUGAACUCUCAUGGUGUUGAUUUCCUGGAUGGUCCACUGGGUUUGGAUCUAGAUGAGAAGGAUCUUGAUGAGGAGGAGACCCGAAGAGACAUGGCCAAAAUCCUGAAGGAGCUCAAACAGAAACACCCUGACAAGGAGGUGGAACAACUCAUUGAGCUUGCUAACUACCAAGUCCUGAGCCAGCAGCAGAAGAGCCGCGCUUUCUAUCGAUGCCAGGCCACUCGGCUGAUGACAGGUGCUGGCAACAUCCUGAAGAAACAUGCGGCUGAUCAGGCACGAAAGGCUGUCAGCAUGCACGAGGUUCGCUCUGAUGCUGGUGAUAACGAUCCAAUCUCUAAGAUCUUUUUUGAGCCCGGUUCUUACCAGUGCCUUGAGAACUGCGGCACAGUGGCGGUGAAUGUGGUACGACGUGGUGGCGAUGUGGGCAAAACGAUUUCUGUGGAGUACCGGACAGAAGACGGCACGGCCAACGCUGGCUCGGACUACGAGUUCACAGAGGGCGUGGUGGUCUUCAAGCCUGGUGAGACAUUGAAGGAGAUCCGCGUGGGGAUCAUUGACGAUGACAUCUUUGAAGAGGAUGAAAACUUCCUGAUUCACCUUUCCAAUGUCAAGGUGUUGACAUCAGAAGACGAGGAGCCAGAGGAAGGCAAGUCCGCUAAUCACGUGGACUCAGUGGCGUGUCUUGGCUUACCCUCCACAGCGACCGUUACCAUCUUUGAUGAUGACCAUGCCGGUAUCUUUACAUUUGAGGAGCCUGUUUGCCAUGUCAGCGAGAGUGUUGGCACCAUGGAGGUGAAGGUGCUGAGAACGUCCGGGGCUCGCGGCGUGGUUGUGCUGCCAUACAAGACGGUGGAGGGAACAGCGCGAGGUGGCGGAGAGGACUUCGAAGACAUUCACGGCAUCCUGGAAUUUCAGAACGACGAGAUCUUGAAGACCAUAACCAUUAGGAUCUUAGACCGGGAGGAGUACAAUAAGCAGUCCUCCUUCUACCUUCUGCUUGAAACCCCCCAAUGGAGACGCAGCGGGAAGGAACGGACAGAGGAACAGCAGAAGGAAGAGGAGGAGGAAGAAGAGACGCUGGCGGGAAAAGAUGAAGAGGAACGGCGCAUUGCUGAGAUGGGCCGUCCCAUGCUGGGAGACCACGUCAAACUGGAGGUCAUCAUAGAGGAAUCAUAUGAGUUCAAGAACACAGUGGACAAGCUGAUAAAGAAGACCAACUUGGCUCUGCUGGUAGGAACAAACAGCUGGAGAGACCAGUUCAUAGAAGCCAUCACUGUGAGCGCAGGCGAGGAUGAUGACGACGAGGAGUGCGGGGAGGAGAAGCUGCCGUCAUGUUUCGACUACGUCAUGCACUUCCUCACCGUCUUCUGGAAGGUUCUGUUUGCCUUCGUCCCGCCCACAGAUUACUGGAGCGGCUGGGCCUGCUUCGUCGUCUCCAUCUGUAUGAUCGGACUGCUCACCGCCGUCAUUGGGGACCUGGCCUCUCAUUUUGGAUGCACAGUGGGCCUGAAAGACUCAGUCACAGCAGUAGUAUUUGUUGCACUGGGAACCUCGGUACCAGAUACCUUUGCCAGUAAGGUAGCUGCAAUCCAGGAUCAGUAUGCAGACGCAUCCAUUGGUAAUGUGACUGGCUCCAACGCUGUCAAUGUUUUCCUGGGCAUUGGGGUGGCGUGGUCCAUCGCUGCUAUCUACCACAAUAGCAGGGGAGAGGAGUUCAGGGUGGAUCCGGGCACGCUGGCUUUCUCCGUCACACUCUUCACCAUCUUUGCCUUUAUCGCCGUCGCCACUCUGAUGUAUCGACGGAAGCCAGAGAUCGGUGGAGAGCUGGGAGGGCCCCGGACUGCGAAAGUCCUGACCGUCAUGCUGUUCAUCAGCCUGUGGCUCCUCUACAUCCUCUUCUCCUCGCUGGAGGCCUACUGCCACAUCCAGGGCUUCUAAGAUAACAGCAGAUGAUGAAGAGAAGGAUGGGACAGAAGGAGAACAUGGAGGAAGAAACCAAGGGGAGGUGGAUGAAUGGAUGGAUUUGGAAAUUAAGGCUGUCUCAUUGAUCUAUCACUCCCUCCCUUUACGCAAUAGAUUGAAUGACGGAUGAAUGGAUGGAUGUACAGAUGAAGGAAUGCAGGACACAUUAAAGCAUCUAAAAACAGAACGGAAGGAAGUACAGAUGCAUGGAAUGAUGACGACAAACAGGAAAAUCAUUGGAGCUAGAGAAAUAGCUCAGAAGAAUGCCAGAAAAAGGAAAAAAUUACAUACAUUUUUUGUCUCGAUCUAUGAAUCCAAACCGAUCAAGUUGUCUUAAACCCACCCCCGUUUUAAAAUCAUAAAACUAACCCCCAAAUUCGCAAACACACAUACAUACAAGAAAUAAACACACAAUGUGUCCCAGCUGGUUCAACCAUACAGAAAUCAGCAGUCCCAUGAAUCCCCCUCCAGCUGGAGCAGUGCUACUUCCCCGUAACAGGCACAAGACAGAAAUGUAGAUGCAUGGCCAGACGAUACUGAAAACACAAUCAGAAGAAACCGGAUAUAUUGCCACAUCUAUGUCAUUUAAUGACAACAAACUGUGUGUGCUGGUGUGUGACUGUGUGUUUCUGUGCUUGUGUGUUGUGGAAAGAUGGUCAAGUACUGUGAAAAAAACACCUCUGGUUUUGCUGUCGCUGCGCAAGACGCAAUAUGCUUUCGUAUUCAAGGUCUUUUUGACUCUCGCUCUCCUAGCCUGUAGAAAAUCUGAGUAAGACUCUUUUGUGGGAGGGCACGUUUAAUGAAGCGAAAUGUUUUGAACAUCACUGAGGUUAGAAAUGUAAAUACAAAGAGCUGAACGUACAUUACAGCUCAACUAUUUUCCUUUUGAAUAUCUUGGUUACGCCAUGCGCUGCUGAUCGGGCCCGCUCUCUGUUGCUUUAUACUGUAGAUGUAAAUGAUUUAAGGUCUAAUUUGAAUCAAGAAGGGGUUAGUGUGCUUUUACCUUUAAUAAGGCCAUGUCUGAAAAGACAAAAUGGCCACUCUACCGUUUAAAACUGUUAGAGAAACUAUUAUCAUUGCAUAAAUAUCUAUGUUAAUCUUACGUGUGUUUGUUUUAUGUUUUUUUUUUGUGUGGAAUUCUGUUACCUGGUUUUCCACCAGUGAGAUUGCCACGAUCAUGUGUUAGACUUUGAAAAACAUAAGUACCGCCCUCUGGGAAACCUCAUAGGCUGUCUGUUUCUUAUCUGCCUCUGUCAUCAUUUAUCUAACUUUGAUGCCGCUUUGCCAUUGGUUCACUCAACAGCUUCGGUCAUUAUCCCUGUGUGUCAAGCACCUCCCCCUGGCUGGUCAGUGGACCAAUCAAAAUCCUCAAGGGCUUUGUAAGAAACAACCACUAAUCCCUAACCCUGACCCUUUAUUUAUAAUUCUUCACAUAGAUUCUUCUUUAGGGGGCUAUUUAACAGGGAUUUGUAUUCCUUAACUAUAUCCACCAACUGCUCAGUUGUUAGGACUUUGCUUCAGUGUGGCUUUAGAAGAAAAAACAAGACUACAUGAAAUAACAGUUACACAGCUUCGUUGAGUGCAGACAUUGCCAGUCCAAGUAUCCAGAGUUACCUAAAUAUUGGAAAAAGCGUCCUGAUUAUCCUAAGUGCUCAGUCAGACGAGGCUUCUACCUUUCUUGGAGUAUUUCCCAGUUGAUUACAAGGACUGCCUAUAAAUUGUCAGCCUUAUUCCAAAUUAAACUAUCAAUGCAAUGUUCUUUCCCAGGCCGCCUCCACUCAUUAUUAUGCUUCUUAAAUAUACAAUGACUUUAUAUUGUUUCUUUAUUUAAGGACAAGUGCUCUUGAAUGAAGAAACAUAAUGUAAUCUGCAUGAUCCACCGCUUCACGCCAGCCUUGGAAAUCAACCAUUGACAUUUUACUUCAGCAGCCAGUUUGCAGUCUUAAAGGUGGAGUAUGCGAUUCUAAUCCGGUACACAUCUUUUUGUCAAAUUCAGUGAAUAUCUCCUCAAGGUACGCCAGCUGUUUGUUGAGUGUGUGCGCUAAAAAGCCACACAACACUAUUCUAGCCAUUCCAGCCAUGAUUUGUGUCAGGUAACAUUAAAUGACUUGCCCACAGACAUUCAGCUUACUUUCUAGUUUGCCAACAUAUGCUGUUGUUGUGAUGUUAGCUAUAGUAGCAGGACAGUUGUGAGUAUCGCUGUCUGGAGCAAGUUUGCUGGCUCUGGGAAACCAUCUUGUCCUCUCUGGCUGUUAGCUUCACAGCAGCAGCUGUAGGAAGAGUUUGCUAACCUACAACGUUAGUUACAUUGCUUGCUGUAUUGUUGUUUGCUUUAUAAUCAUGGUAUCUGUCAUGGUAUUGGAUUUCUACAGAAUCUCAUACCCCACCUUUUAAUAUGGGAGCCAUCAGAUGAAGGAAUAGUUCAAAAGUAUUUGCUGUUGGUGGAGAAGUAGGUUUACUAACAGAUACGGGUAAAUACUGUUGUACUACUAUUGUAGGGACAUCUAGAAUAGGGUACAUCUAAUCUCAGCCAGACUCUGUUUAACAAGCUCACAGAGGUUUGGAGACAAUUGUUGUUGUUGUUUUUAAAUGGGUUACUGAGAUUUUUUGAAAUCCUAACACACCAUAUUUGAUUGGCUGUGUGUCAUAAAAGACCCACCCCCAUAAACUGCCCCUCAGGUAACUGUAUCACAAAGAGAGUUCAGCUUAGUCAGGCUCUAUUUGGGUUACAUUGGUGAUUCUGGAUAACCUGUAAUGGAUAACCAAGUGGCUCUGUUAAGGUGGAGUUCAUAGUUCCUAAUCAUAACAUGCAACAAUAACAGAUCAAAAGGUGCAUGUUUAAUAUGAGAUUAUAUAUGUUAUUUAGAAUCAUUAUCUGAUUGGGUAUGUGAAAAGAUUUUCUAUUUACCUAAGUGACUAUGUAAAUGUAAGUAAUGUAAGUAGAGAAAAGUAGAAAAGUAACAUUGGUGCAAUCACUGUUGUAAUUCAGGAUGAGACAGGAAUUAAAGAAUUGCAGCACAAUUAUCCAACAGUAAAUGUAAUUUAUUAUAAAUAAAGCCAGAGUAGAUGUUUCCUUUCUCUCUGAUAUAAUAAUCAUGGAAAGCAAAGUGAUACUACUGGUGUGUAAACAUGUUGCUGUGUGCUCUUUAUUACUUGUGUUUUUAUGGUAAAGUGCUUCAGUCUAUGUGAUGACUGUGUUUGUCCAAUUGAUGCUAAUUAGCUGUGCGACUUAAUCCUGUCCCAAUCAAAAGUGAACCAUUCCUGACACCAGAGAGCCUUGUUUAAGCUCAAAGUGUAACUGACUAAACCACUAAGCUCACUUUAUGAUACAGACAAAAUAGGUUCUACAGUCAAGUUAUCUGUAGCAUCAUUUUAUUGGUUUGAAGUAAAAACAACACACAUUGUCUCAGCCCUCUUCUAACUGAAUUUUGAGCUUGAACUUUACCAAAAGUCUGUGUGCAUGGUAGGACAGGGGUCUGGCUGGAUUAGUUUCCAUCUAGAAAAUUGUGUCACUGGCUCAAAAGAAAUAACACUAGCUACCAAACAUGAUCUCAAGCAACAGCCAGGCUUCCUUGAAAUCCCUUGUCAAGUGCUGGGCUAGCUAGUAAACAUGUAUCAAUACCUGCUUUCAGAAGCAUGAACACUAUCAAUACUAGAAUACUAAACUUUCAAUGAGCAGUCAAAUGAACCACAUAAAACUGACUGACUAACUAACUGGGAAUCUUCUUUCAUGAUUCAGUCAUAACCAGACAGAAACAUAUCCUGAAAAUAUUUGUAUGUGUAUUUUUGGCCAAAUAAAAGACAUAAGUGGCCCAAAAGCCUGUCCUAAAAUAUGUGUAGAAUAUAAAUCUUCAAGCCUGUCUCGACUGUCGGAGAGGUUUACACUUCAGACUGUUAACUAUUUUACUCGUUUAGCCAAAACCACAGAGAUCUCAACGUUCACAAAACUUACUGUAUAUGUAGGCAAGUCCAUAGUUUGUUGAAUGGCACUGUACUAUAUGCAUCUGAAUUGGCCAGAAUUUUCCUGCUGAUGUUGUGUUUUCUACUUGAUGUAUAAUAUAAUUAGUAUUUUAAAAGUCAUCUGUAAAGUAGGUAGUCUGGGAUAGAUGUAAUCCAUUUAAAACUUUGGCAAAAAUCUUGUCACAGACAGAUUUCAACCCCUGGGAGAGAGCAGAGCUGAGCAGAGCCUUGGAUUGGAUGAGUUUGGCAAAUCCACAGUAUCUUGAGGAUAAGAUAUAUACAUUUUUAAAGGUUUUGUAAUCUGGCAUAUACUACUGAUACAUCAAAUGAUGCACCUGGAAUAGAGAGCCACUCCAGAAUGACAGAAUGAAAAAUUCAGUAGGUGAUGCUACACAGAGGUCCAGCAACAUGGCUUGCACACUGAAAACACAGCUCUAUUAAAUGCUCUGUAGCAUGUAGUCUUUUGUUAUUUGCAGCACUAAUGUUGGGAAAAACUUAAACAAUAAAACAUUUGUAUAAACUCUAACAUUAGAAUACCAUUUGACAGCCAAAAUUAAGUAGUAUAAAUGAGAUUUUACUUACUUACUACCUGUGUUUGCCAAACUCUGCACAAUGUGCGGCUCUCCAUUAGAGUAGCUGUUCUCUUGUUAAGGCCUUGGAGUGGCAGUUUACCCCUGUUUUGCCAAAGGGAAAUCUUUCUAUCAGAAACUUAAUAGUUACAGUCCAUCCACGUGUAAAGGGUUUUCUAACCAUGGAAUCUUUCUUAAAACACCAAAUAUUAUUCAUAUUUAAUUAACACACUAAGAUACAAAAAAUGCCUUGACCUUGUUUUAACCUAUCCAAAAUCUUUCUAUUUAAAUUUGUAUGCAUUUGUCUCUUCACUGGCAUGGAGCUACAGGUUUAUACACUGUAAAAAGUUAUUGCUAGCUUGUGCAAAAAAGAAAUUGUAGUUGUAUGUAUCAUUUCAUAACCUAACCCUAUCAUUUGAGUAACUCCAACAGGGUAUAAAUUAUCUUUGAGAAUGCUAAAUCAUGUUGGAUUUACUUAAAAUGUACCUGAUGCCUAAUUUGUCAGAGUGAACUUGUGUAGGAAUGAAAAGCUUGCAGUAAUGUAGUUGUUUGCAUCAAAUUAGUUUGCUGCACAAAUUUUCCAAAAGCUAACAUUUCAUUGAUGGGAAGUUAGUUCUUUUGCUACACCGGCUUUAUUGCACCGCCUCUCUCUCCGUGUAUCUACCUUGAUUUAAAAGCUAGUCUGACGUGAAGCUAAUGGCAGAUUAACGACAGCUGUUCAAAGCCCCACAGAGUUUGGACCAAGGUGGGAAGCUAAACACCCAACCAAGUUCUUUCUCUUCUAAAGCAACUUCUCCAGGCAAAGAAUCACAAUAGCACUUGAAUUUAGCUUCCUGCCUUGGUUUGGACUUUUGAGGUUUGAAGGGUCAAAGAUUAGCUAGGCCGCCACUGUAAAUAUAACACUAAGAGCAAGGAAGGAGUAGAAAAAUGAGCUUUAGACUACAGUAGAUUUUUUUUAUUAUUCUUCUGUGGUGAGGUUCAAAGAAGUGGGCAGGGUUUUAAAUGAAGGAAAAGCAUUGCACUGGUUCUUGUCGCUUAUGUGAAACGGCUACUAUGUUGUUUCGUUGAAAACAUUAACAAAGUUGCUUCUGAUGUAAACAACAACAGAUUUUGUUUUUUGACUCUGAUGUACACAAUAAUAAUGUUGUACCUGAUGUAGAAAAAAAAUACAAUGGUGUUGAAUCAGUUGUGAACCAUUAACAAUGUUGCUUCUGAUGUAAAGAUUGAUGAUGCGUUUUCAUUGCCUCGUUCACUUCUUAACUGACUGACAGACUGAGGAAUAAAUUAAUGCAACACCAAACAGACAUACAAGCAAAUGAACGAACGAAAGGAAGGACAAACACCCCUGCUGGUACAAGCUGAGUGAUUUCAUGCUGAGACGUUGCUACAGCGAUUAAUGUACUGUUGGAAAAAACAUUACCAGAGCUAUUCUCUAUCCUUAAAGUAACAUUUAACAAGAACGAUGUAAAAGGAUGAUGAUAUAGAGAGGAAGGAGGAGAAGCAAGAUGAGGAAGAAGAAGAUGAUGAACAUUACAGAAAAAAAAACAUGAAGUUACAGCCAUACAUUGAUUUCUGGGUCAGUGAGACUGAAAUGGACUUCUCCUGCCCAGCAUGUGUAUUGUUAUGGUGUCUAUCUGUCCCUCUGUCCCUCUUCCCCCUCUUUGACUGUCUUUCUUUCUGUCUCUUUGCUGCCAAAGCAACCAAAACAGGCAGUAAUCAUUUUGUUCUGUCUCUUCCCUUCUUUCCAAAUUCCCUUUUUACCCUUCGUCUCCCGAUGCCACGUUUUCCAUAUUUUGGAAUGUCAAUGUGCUACUUGUUGACACUGUGCAUGAAUGAUAACAUGUCUGUAUAUAGUUAUAGAGGAUUGUAUCCCAUUCCCCUGGUGUUGACAAAAAAAAAAAACAGUUUGAAUGAUGUACAGAUUCAGGUAUUCGGUUCAUCUUUUAUUCUGUUCAGUUAAAUUGUUUUAAUGUAUGUAGAGCUUAAAAACAGUAUGUUUUUAAUUUAAACGAAGAUGACGACGUCUUUUGUUUUGGAGUAACUUGCACAUUACUGAUUAAUUAAUUAAGGGGGCUUUUUUGUUAAAAAGGCAAUAUCUGCUGUUAUUGAAUGAGAGAUGAGAUCUUAAAGGAGUUAUGUAUCUUAAAUAAAUAAUCUAUAUGGGAGUUGCAUGGGUUAUUUGUACAAAUAAAAGACACUGCUUGCUACUUCUAAUACCGUGGCUGUAUUCUCUGAGAGAGGGCGAGGAAUACUGUAUGUACAUCUAAAGGUUAUUUUGUCAUUAAAGAAAUAAUAAUAAUAAUAAUAAUAUUGUGUAUAUACUGUACAGUGUUAUAAGGAGAUGGACUAUAUGGCCAUCACAGUAACCGUAGAGAAUUAAUUCUACAUAUUUAUUUAAAGGAAAUAAAAACACUCACUACACUCAAGAAUGACAUAUAUUGCCUUUUUGGAGAAGUUGUAGUUUGCCUAAAGCUUGUUUCUCUAUUGCUGCUUUGUUCUUUCUUCUUCUCUAGCUAUUUAUCUGUCUCUUUUUUUCCAUCCAUCUCUCUCCCUGUUGUCUUUUAUCUUUCUUUUCAAGGGGCGUUUCAGACAGGCUUUUGUCAAUCUUUUCACUGUUGAUUCUGAUUCAGACAGUGUCACUUUUGUCUGUUUGUCUUUCUGUCUGUCCGGCGUAUCCCACUGACUCAACAGUAUCUCCAUACCUGCUUGUAUUCACCAGUUGUUUUUUAUCUAUCUUCUUAUCCAUCUAUAGUUAAGUACAAUAUAUCUGCCUAUGUCCCCAAUCUGAGUUUCUCAAAGGAUCAUUUGUCUGUACUUGAGUCACCAUCUGUCUGAUUCAGAACAGUCUAAAUCCAUCUCUUUUCAAUUUUCUUUCCUUAAUCCUUCCUUUGCUCCAGCACAUCUUUUUCCACCUCUGCACUUUUUUCCCCUCAAUCCUUUCUUUCUGUCUCUGUCCUUCUCUUCGCUUUCACAGGGUGUAGUUGGGAAUUUCAUGUUUAUCAAUUUGAUUUGGUGUGUUUUUUUUAAAUGAAACAAUAACCGCAACAGUUAUAAUGUUGGUAAUAAUGAAGAUAAUUUUUUUCUUUCUAUGUUUUGGUUUACGUUUUGGUGGGGGGUUUGCCGCUAUCCUCUGUGUGUGCGUGUGUUAAUUUUCUUUUGUUUUUUUUUAUUAAUUUUUGUUCAACACCAACUGAUAGGAAAGUUGUUGUAUGUAUGUUGCCACUAACUGUGACUGCUCUCCAUGGUACUUCUGAUAAAACCAAUAAAAUAAAGUUUGGGAUACCCUGUUUCAGAGA